ACAGACUGUGUGUUCAGCCGCAUUUACUGCAGUCUUUCUGUCAGUCGUACGACAUGAAGCAGCACUCCACCAAAGUCUUCAGAGACAUCGUCAACGCUCUGGGCUCCUUCAUCCAGUCGCUCUUCAUCCUCCCCGGCGCAGGAAACACCUCGUCCACCAGCACGCCUGCAGGUGGGUCUGUGUCGGGUUCUCAGGCGUCCGGUCAGGGAGGUCCGGGUGCGGCAGGGGCAGGAGCAGGGGCAGGUCUGACCACACAAGCCGCGUUUGAGUACCGGGGCACCUGGAUCCCCCUCAUGAACGUCAGCGUCCAGGGCAGCGCCAAAGCCACCUAUCUGGAGAUGCUGGAUAAGGUGGAGCCGCCCUCCAUCCCUGAAGGUUACGCCAUGUCUGUGGCGUUCAGCGCCCUGCUGGAUCUGGUGAGAGGAAUCACCUCCAUGAUCGAGAGAGGACUCAACAAACAGGAACAGGAAGCCGCCAUGAGGGAGGAGGCGGAGCCUGUUAGUCCCCCGCGGAGUGACCGCCUCCCUCAGGAUCCCAGUGAGUUCAUGCCGACGUCACAUUG